UUAGCAAAAUUCGCCUUUUCAUCGCAUUUUUGGUCGGAACGUCAACUGAGUAAAGUGUUGUGGAAAGUGCAAAAGUUCUUACGAAUUUUAAAAGGAAGUUCUUUUUCAAAAACAACAGAAGUUAUUUUCUUCGUUGUGCUGUGCACCGAAAGUUUCGUUCAAACAAAUCGUAGACCACUGAAAAAUCCAGCGCCAUGGCGUCCUACCAAAUCGCAAAUUUGUUGGAAAAGAUGACAUCCAACGACAAAGAUUUUCGUUUUAUGGCCACUAAUGAUCUGAUGACGGAGUUGCAAAAAGAUAGCAUAAAAUUGGAUGACGAGUCUGAGAAGAAGGUUGUCCGAAUGGUUCUUCGCUUGCUGGAGGACAAAAACGGUGAAGUACAGAAUUUGGCUGUCAAAUGCCUUGGCCCUUUGGUGAACAAAGUUAAGGAGAAUCAGGUAGAGACGAUUGUUGAUUCGCUCUGUGCAAAUAUGGUUUCGAACAACGAACAGCUCCGUGAUAUCUCAAGCAUUGGUCUUAAAACGGUUAUAUCCGAAUUGCCGCAAUCAUCGAACUCGCUUGUUCCAAACGUAUGUCAACGAAUCACGGGCAAGCUCAGCAAUGCCAUCGAAAAGGAGGAUGUAUCGGUCCAGCUAGAAGCUCUGGACAUUUUGUCUGAUUUAUUGUCUCGAUUCGGUGAUUUGCUGGUCCCAUUUCACGAACUAAUACUAAAGGCGUUAGUUCCACAAUUGGAAUCUGCUCGUCAAGCAGUUCGCAAGCGCACGAUCGUGGCUCUUUCUCAUUUACUAACAACUUGUAAUAAUAAUGCUUAUAACAAGGUGAUUGAGCAUCUGCUGAAUGGAUUAGAAAAGCCACAAAACGAGGGUAUGGUGCGUACUUAUAUCCAGUGCUUGGCUGCUAUUUGUCGACAGGCAGGUCACCGUCUUUGCAAUCACAUCGAGCGGGUGAUGUUCCUGUUGAAUCAGUACAGCCACCGAGAUGACGAUGAGCUGCGCGAGUUUUGUCUGCAAGCAUGUGAGGCUUUUGUUCAGCGCUGCCCAGAGGCCAUUCUGCCACACAUCCCUACGAUUGUGGAAUUGUGUUUGAAGUACAUUACCUAUGAUCCCAACUACAACUACGAAGCAGAUGAUGGCGAUGGAAACGUUGCUAUGGACAUGGAGGAUGACGAAGAUAUUGAUAGUGAGGAGUAUAGUGACGAUGACGAUAUGAGCUGGAAGGUUCGGCGUUCGGCAGCCAAAUGUUUAGAAUCGGUUAUUUCUACGAGACACGAACUAUUAGAGGAUUUCUAUAAAACAUUGUCGCCAGCAUUGAUUACUCGCUUCAAAGAGCGCGAAGAAAACGUAAAAUCGGAUAUUUUCCAUGCAUACAUCGCUUUGUUGAAAUCUACUCGUCCCAUUGGGGAUGAUAUUGCUCAUGAUCCCGAUUCAAUGGAACAGGUUCCAAGCUCGAUAAGUAUGCUGCAGGAUCAAGUGCCAAUGAUUGUAAAAGCGGUGCAGCCCUUGAUGCGUGAGAAGUCUGUUAAAACCCGUCAAGAUUGUUUUUUACUUCUCCGUGAACUUUUGAAUGCUUUGCCAGGAGCAUUAUCCAAUCAUAUCGAUCAAUUGAUGAGCGGCAUUCAUUAUUCAUUGAACGACAAGAAUUCUACAUCAAACAUGAAAAUUGAUGCAUUAGGUUUCGUGCAUUGCAUGCUGGCAGGGCAUAAUCCCCAGGUUUUUCAUCCUCACAUAAAAACCUUAGUUCCGCUAAUAGAAGCCGCUGUUUUUGAUGCAUUCUACAAAAUUGCAACUGAAGCUCUCAUGGUCUUGCAACAGCUUGUGAAGGUUAUUCGACCUCUGAACAUACAGACCGAUUUUGAUUUUACGCCUUAUAUACAACCACUUUACUCGAGUACCUUGCAAAGGUUACGAUCUCCAGAAGUAGACCAAGAAGUUAAGGAACGUGCUAUUGCCUGCAUGGGCCAAAUAAUUGCUAAUAUGGGGGAUAUGCUUCAACAGGAUCUAAACACAUGUUUGCCCUUAUUCAUGGAACGACUACGUAACGAAGUAACACGUUUAAGCUCAGUUAAAGCUCUUACUAUGAUUGCUGCUUCACCUUUGCGUGUGAAUUUAAGUCCCAUAAUCGCCGAAGUGAUUCCAGUGCUGGGAUCGUUUCUUCGGAAAAAUCAGCGGGCUCUGAAACUUAACUCUCUCACUUUACUCGAUACUUUGGUGACUCAUUAUAAUCAGUUUAUCGAUCCUAUACUCUUGCGAAAUGCUGUUUCCGAAGUUCCGCCACUACUCUGCGAAUCGGAUCUUCAUGUUGCUCAACUUUCAUUAGUAUUGUUGACUUCAGUUGCUCAGCAGCAACCACAAGCACUAAUCGGCGUGCACGAACAAAUUCUGCCGGAAGUUAUGAUCCUGGUCCGAUCACCUUUGCUGCAAGGGACCGCGCUCAACUGCACAUUGAAUUUAUUCCAGGCACUGGUACAGGCUAAUUUGCCCGGUCUCAGCUAUCGUCAUCUACUAAACAUGUUAAUGCAUCCAGUGUAUAGCCAACAACAGGGUCAAACUCUACACAAACAGGCUUAUCAUUCGCUUGCCAAAUGCAUUGCCGCAUUAACAUUGCAAGUGCCAGCAGAGGCUGUUACAGUUGCCCGAGAAUUUUUGCGGGAAAUACAAAAUCGUCGCAGUGACGCUCAUCUGGUUUUCUAUUUACUGACCAUCGGUGAAAUCGGACGGCACUUUAACCUAAACUCUAUAGACUCCCUUGCGCAGAUCAUCUUGAACUGUUUCUCGGCCUCCUCUGAAGAUGUUAAAGGAGCCGCUUCACACGCUCUGGGAGCGAUAGCUGUUGGAAAUCUCAACCAUUACUUACCGUUCAUUUUAAAUGAAAUUGAAGCUCAGCCAAAGAGGCAAUAUCUUCUGCUUCAUUCGCUGAAAGAGGUUAUUUCGUCACUUUCUACUAGUAAGCAGGGACUGGAACAGUUGCUUCCCUCUGUCCCAUCUAUUUGGGCCCAAUUAUUCAAGCACUGCGAGUGCUCCGAGGAAGGAUCUCGUAACGUUGUGGCUGAAUGUUUGGGUAAAUUGGUUUUGGUCAAUCCUGAGGAACUACUUCCACAGCUGCAAUUGGCUCUGCGCAGCGAAAGUCAUUUGAUGCGUACAGCCGUGGUCACGGCUAUUAAAUUUACGAUUUCUGAUCAGCCACAAUCUAUAGAUCCUCUGCUGCGUCAGUGUAUUGGUCAAUUCCUUUUUGCGCUGCAGGAUCCCGAGCCAGCAGUACGUCGUGUUGCAUUAGUUGCAUUUAAUUCCGCAGUUCAUAACAAGCCUAGUUUGGUACGAGAGCUGCUUCCGGAAUUGCUGCCUCAGUUGUAUUCGGAAACAAAGGUAAAGAAAGAUCUUAUUCGAGAGGUCGAAAUGGGACCUUUCAAGCACACUGUCGACGACGGGUUGGAUAUCCGAAAGGCUGCAUUUGAGUGCAUGUAUACACUCCUGGAACAAGGUCUUGAUCGAGUAGACAUUAUGCAAUUUUUAGAGCACGUUCAAGCUGGAUUGAAAGAUCAUUACGAUAUUAAAAUGUUGACAUAUUUGAUGACAGCUCGACUUGCUAUUUUGUGUCCUUCUGCUGUACUACAGAAGCUCGACCAAUUUGUUGACCCUCUGCGGGCCACAUGUACCCUUAAAGUAAAAGCUAACUCUGUCAAACAGGAGUACGAGAAACAAGAUGAACUGAAACGAUCUGCCCUGCGAGCCGUGGCAGCUUUGCUGCAGAUUCCCAAAGCAGACAAAAAUCAACAUUUGGCAGAAUUUCUGUCACUGAUUCGUAGUUCUUCAGAAUUGCAACCAUUAUUUGAAUCGGUUCAAAAGGAUUCCUCUGUUUUGACCAACAAUAAUUCAGAUAGUCUUUCGAUGGACCAGAGCUAGGUGGAACGCGGAUUUGCGGUCGUUUCGAGUUAUUGGUUCAAAAAACGCAAAGUAUGGUAAAGACGUUGCUCAUUGAGAAUAUUUCGAUUCGGUUAAAUGCAUAGACUUCCUAAUCUUAAAUGUAAAAAACGGUUAUAAACAAUUCAAGGUGUGAUAUGCUUAGAGUUAGCCUUAUCCGUCGCAUGCGCGUUGCAUCAUUAUGCGCAAUGAGCAAGCUCAGCACACACAAUGUAACGUUCUGGAAGUUUGAGGAAAAAAUAUGUUAACAUACAUUUAUUUGAUGCAUUUAAUGUGAGUGAAAGUUUAGCUACGACCUACCACACAAACAAUCAAAACGGAUUGGUCUUACAAAUUAAAACAUUUAAAUAAAUCAUGCCAAGCUCUAUCACACGAAAAAUAAUACAUAUAUUCAGAGACCGCAAGUACACGGUCGCUGGACUCUGAAAAUACAAGCGCGUUGUAAAUUAAUUUCCAUCCCUCAAUUUCUGAAUUUAAUGUUUAAUUGAAAGCAUACAAAACGACGAGAGAUUACUGUUUAAAGUAACCAGUGAAUAA